UGGUGGUGCUUGAACGUGGGGACAGCAGCAGGCGACGCCGUUCAGGUGGCUGGCAGUGGGGUCCCGGAUAGGCGGUGCUUGUCAACCUCUCGUGGGAGGAGACCGUCGUCGAGAACACCGGCGGCGCGACGGCGUGCGGCGAGCCUGUGGAAGAGAUCAUUCUCAUCGGUUGCUCAAGUGACGGUACGAAGAACACGAGAAAUGGGGAGAAAGGGGAGGUGGUUCGAUACCGUGCAGAGAAUCCUGAGCGCUUCUGAACCUGAUCCAGAGGAGAAGGAAGCCAAGGUAGAACCCGUGAAGUCGAGAGACAAAUCGAAUUUCAAGAAGAUAUGGCAAUUCGGCAAAUCAAACCAGUCCGUUGCUUCCACCUCUGCGGCGCCGGCGCCGGCGCCAGUUCCGGAGGCUCACCAGCAGCCUUCUCCUGCAGUACCACCAUCACCUUCUGAUCGGCAACAGACCGAGGGGAUUAUCGCAGAAGUGCAACCCGUGGAGACAAUGUGCGGGCAAGGUUACCUCGUGUGCCCGGCGGAGGUGGCCUUGUCCGGCGCCGGCGCCGCUCAGGCGGCAGCGGAAGCGAUCGCCCGCCCCACGGUCACCACGCCGAGAACGCGGCCUGCGCGUUCAAAGGAGGACAUUGCCGCCACCAGGAUCCAGGCGGCUUGCAGGGGAUAUCUGGCAAGGAGAGCGAACCGGGCACGAGGAAUGGUUCGGUUGAUGUCGCUGGUUGAGGGACUGGCCGUCAGGCGCCAAACUGAGGAGGCGUUGUACUGCAUGCAAACGAUGACGAGGGUUCAGACUCAGAUAUACUCGAGGAGGGUGAAGACGGAGGAGGACAAGAAGGCUCUGAAGAGUCAGAUCAAGGGCAAACAGAGCUUUGACAAAACAAAGAUUGGUGAAGGCUGGGACCAUAGCCAUCAGUCCAAGGAGCAGAUGGAAGCCGUCCUGACGAUGAAACAAGAAGCCGCUUCAAGGCGGCAAAGGGCGCUAGCCUACGCGUUUUCUCAUCAGUGGAGGAACAGGAAUCCUUCUUCCGCGCGAGCUGCGCCUCCUCCAAUGUUCACGGACCCGGGCAACCCCAACUGGGGCUGGACCUGGACGGACCGCUGGAUGGCUGCGGCGAGGCCGUGGGAGAGGCAGACCGCGCCGGACAAUGGACGCGCCCCGGCGAAAAGCGCCGGCCGACAGCCUCGAGUGGCCACCUCGGUUCAGUUACCCACGACGCCAAGCGGCAGGUCGUUCCGGCCACCGAGCUGGCCGUCGCUCACGUCCCCGUCGACUCCCCCGCCGCGGUCGCCGUCGGUCUCGGGGAGGACGGUAGUGCUGGCGAGCCCUCGGAGCAGCCCGCUCCACGCUACCAGCGGCCUGCAGCGCACCAAGAGCAUGCAGUCCGAUCGCCGCCCGCGGAGCAGCCAGGAGCGCCCGGUGAGCAGCCCGCGCCCUGCCGUGCCGGCGAGCCCGAGGGGCAGCGGCAGCCCGAUCCACGCUGCCUUCGGCCAGCAGCGCGCGACCAGCAUGCAGCCCGAGCGCCGCUCGCGGAGCAGCCAGGAGCGCGCGGUGAGCAACCCGCGCCACGGCGGGACGAACGCCACGCUGCGGCGGACGACGAGCCUGCGGUCCGAGCCCCCGAGGAGGCUGAGCCUUGGAGGUGCCGUCGCGGCGUCCGCGGGAGACAACGCGAGCGCGCCGGCGACCCCUAGCUACAUGCAGCCGACCAAGUCCGUGAGGGCCAAGGCGCGGUGCCCGAGCCCGUCGGCGUCAGCGGCUGAGGACAAGCUCGACGUCCCCGAGAGAACGCUGACGCCUCUGCAGGUGCCCUCGCCUUCGUCGGCAAAGAAGCGCCUGUCCCUGGCAUUCGCAGACAAGCGGAGCGCCUCGUCGCCGAGCACGACGAAGGCGGAGAGGGCGAAGCGGCACUCGCAGCCUCCCAGUCCCAGGACAUAGCUGGCGGCUAGCAU